CGCAAGCAAGACAGAUCGCGGUGCUCGGAAAGUGAUCGCGUACCAAUUUCGUGUGUGUUGAUGUGCGAUUGUUUGCAGUGAUCAUAGAGGUUGCAUAGAUUUUUUGUCCACGAGAAACUGCCGUCCAGGGGAUGUGAGGAGCGAGGAGUGCCACCAACAAUAAUAAAACCCGCUGCAAACCAUUCAGAGCAACAAUGAACCGACGGCAUCUAAUAUUAAUCUCGGUAGUGGUUUUAGCGGCUCUUUGCAUCGAUCCGGUGACGUCUCAGCGAGAGGCCCUCCGCGUAUUCAAGAACUGCAGAUUUGGAAAACCAGAUUUCGAUCUGUGCGUGAAAAAAGCAUUCAAUGCUCUAAGGCCGUAUUUCAAAACAGGUCUCCCCGAGUACAACGUGGCUCCGUUCGAUCCACAUCGGGCUGCCCGCGUGGAGCAACAUCGUGGCGACAGAGACGGCCUGGCCGGCUAUCGGCUGCUACUUUCGAACGUGUCCGAGUAUGGCUGGGCCAUAUCGGAUGUGACCAAGUACAAAACGGACUACAAAAACAAUCGGAUCAUCUAUUCGCAGUAUUUCCCGGAAAAAUCUCUCGACGGGCAGUACGAGUUCGAGUCGAAACUUUUGGGUAAUCCGUGGCACACCAAAGGUAUCUGGAAUCUGACCCUGUACGACUACAGCCAAACGACCACUGUUACCCGGGUGGGUGGUCCGGGAGGGCUGCUGAAGGUACGCGUCGAGAUUGACAAAAUUGGCGAUAUGAAGCUACACAUCUCGGACCUUUUUCAUGGGGCGAAACUAAUAGAAUCCAUAGCUGACUUUUUCAUCAAUACGAUGUGGCAGCCCAGUUUCCCAUUCGUGAAGCCCCUCAUCAACGAUCUAGUCAGCACAGCUUUCACCGAUAUCUUCAACGAAUCAUUCCGAUACUUCCCACUGCAUGAAGCGAUACGGAGUAGGUGAUAGGAUUUUCUCCAGGGACUGAAAUAAAACUAGUUUUAGAACUCUUUCAUUUGUCGGUAAA